UCUUCGUAAACUAAGAGGCGCAGGGCCGCCAUGAUGCGUGUUUGUGCUCGUAUCUGUGUCGAGAAAGCAGCGGAUACACAUUGAACCAGAAACAAAGGAAAUACGCACUCGUCCUCGCAAAUUGGUAUGCGUUUUCAGGUAAAAGAAAGCAAAACGAAACGACAACAAAAGCAAAAACGAGGGCAAACAAAUCAAACUUUAACACCUGCGCUCAUUAAGCGUCGACUGUUAACCGGAAUGCCUAAGGAAAAAUAUGACCCGCCCGACCCUAGGCGGAUGUACACGAUAAUGUCGAGUGAGGAGGCAGCCAAUGGGAAGAAGUCGUACUGGGCCGAGCUUGAAAUCAGCGGCAGAGUGCGCAGCCUGAGCUCUGCACUGUGGUCCCUUACACACCUCACUGCCCUGCACAUCAGUGACAACUCUCUGUCACGCAUUCCGCCUGACAUUGCCAAACUCCACAACUUGGUGUACUUGGACCUUUCAUCCAACAAGAUCAGGAGCCUGCCAGCUGAACUCGGCAACAUGGUAUCUCUCAGGGAACUGCUUUUAAAUAACAACCAGUUGCGGGUUCUGCCUUUCGAACUCGGGAAGCUGUUUCAGUUGCAAACGCUUGGCUUGAAAGGAAACCCACUUGCACAAGAAAUCAUGAGCCUCUACCAGGAACCAGAUGGGACACGUCGGUUACUGAACUACCUGCUGGAUAACCUCGCUGGCACCACCAAACGCAUCUCCACAGAGCAGCCCCCACCCAGGUCCUGGAUCGUGCUGCAGGAGGCGGACAGGACGCGCCCCGCAGCGUUGUUUUCCGUCAUGUGCUACAACGUGCUCUGCGACAAGUACGCCACGCGCCAGCUCUAUGGCUACUGCCCGUCGUGGGCGCUCAACUGGGAGUACAGAAAGAAGGCCAUCAUGCAGGAAAUCUUGAGCUACUGCGCUGACAUCAUCAGCCUGCAGGAAGUUGAAACAGAACAGUACUAUAACUACUUUCUGGUAGAGCUGAAAGAGCAUGGGUACGAGGGCUUCUUCAGCCCAAAGUCCAGGGCCAGGACCAUGUCCGAAUCGGACCGUAAGCAUGUGGAUGGGUGUGCAGUAUUCUUCAAAACUGAAAAGUUUGUCUUGGUGCAGAAACAUACUGUGGAGUUUAACCAGCUGGCCAUGGCUAAUUCUGAGGGUUCGGAAGCCAUGCUGAACCGCGUCAUGACCAAGGACAACAUUGGGGUUGCUGUGCUCCUCGAGCUUCGCAAGGAGAUAAUGGAGCAGACAGCUGGCAAACUGCUUGGGAUGGAGAAACAGCUCCUCCUAGUGGCUAAUGCUCACAUGCACUGGGACCCAGAGUACUCCGAUGUGAAGUUAGUCCAGACCAUGAUGUUCCUGUCGGAGAUCAAGAACAUCGUUGACAACACCACACGAAGCCUCAAGCUGAACUCCAUCUCCGGUGAGACCAACGCCAUCCCCCUCGUGCUGUGCGCUGACCUCAACUCAUUGCCCGAUUCUGGUGUGGUGGAGUACCUGAGCACAGGAGGGGUGGACAGCACGCACAAGGACUUCAAAGAGCUUCGCUACGUUGACAGCCUGACCAACUUCAACUGCAAUGGCAAGAAGGGCACACCCAAUGGCAGGUUCACGCACGGCUUCAAGCUGAAGAGCGCCUAUGAGAACGGCCUCAUGCCUUACACCAACUACACCUACGACUUCAAGGGUGUCAUUGAUUACGUCUUCUACUCUCAGCCUCUGCUCAAUGUGUUGGGCGUCUUGGGGCCAGUGGAUCCAAACUGGCUUGAGAACAAUGUCAGCGGUUGCCCACAUUCUCAUAUCCCCUCUGAUCACUUCUCCCUAUUUGCACAGCUGGAGCUAGUUCUGCCCUAUACGCCACCAGUCAAUGGAAUCCACCUGCAAGGCCGCAGGUAGUCUUCCGAGCCACUGGAGGGAGCUAAUUCUCCCCAAGCGCUUUUCUGUAAAUUUUUGAAGAAAUACAUAAUCUGUAUAAUAAUAUGAUCAGAGAAGUGAGGUAUGGCCAACAGGGAUUUUUCUCUUUUUGUAAUGGUUUUUAAUAGAUUUUAAUUGACGCUAAAGUCAAUACUGGUAAUACUUUUACCAUUUUCAGGCGCAAUGUAAUGAUCUGGACUCUUAGAUACUUCUUACACUCUCCCCACUGUUACUGCGGCGAUACCCAUUGAAGUUAAUCUUUACGUUCUCUACCAGCGGUCCACAGUUUAAAUUCUCUAUAGAUGAAUGCAGUAAUUUCACAGGUGGAAGAACUCAGGAUCACACAGGCAUCGUAACACACACAGGGGAGAGAGUGCAACAUCCAUAGCUAUCCAAAUCCAAGCUAGUUUUCCGGCUGUGUUAAAAACUCUCACCUUUUUCGUUUCGCCUUUUUAUUUGCCAUGAACCCCCUUGUUUUGCGCACAGUAAUACCCCCCCCCCGUGUGAUGCAUUGUUCGUUUUAAGUGACGGACUUGUCAGCGAAGGAGAGAGCCGGCCAAACUUGCUUUACACUCUAUGGUGCUGAAACCAACCAACCAACUCUCCUGCUGCUACAAGUCCAGCCCCCCCGCUUCCCCCCCUUUAAUUUUAAACCUCAUAUUGCCAUUGUAUAGCAGUAGUAUGUUAUACAUCUACUGGCUCUUAAAGCCAUACUGCUUGUCUUUUUUUUUUUUUUGGUGAUUUGUAAUCACUGGAACCCCUUAAUUUUCACUUCUAGACGCGCUGCAGCUUAAUUUAUUCAGCUGAAUUUAAUGUCUUUCAAUUAUUUCAGUUCCUAAUUUUCCAUUGUUUUCUUUUUCUUCAAACGGUGGGAAUGAAGUUGGCCCCCUCUGUAGCCCCUCUCCUUUACCGAGUGAUGAUUUAUUUUUUUUAUGUAUUUAUUUUUUUUUUUAAUCGUCGGUUGAUUAAGCAAUUGGUCGAUUAAGCAAUUGGGCGGUAGCGCCAUCUUGUGGACUGGGGUGGAGGGAGUCGACUGAGGGCACAAGACCAAGGGAAGGUUCCCUCCUAAGGGCGCGAAUGAUGUCCCGGCCAAGCCCGACGGCCCUCUCUGCUGCAGUAACUCUUGAGUGCCCUUUGCCAGGUCCAUGGGGGUGAUUGACUGUCGACUCUUGGCGGUCUUAGCGUGGCAUUACAGCUGCCAUUGGCACCAGCGUACACACAAACACUUAGACUUGGCUGCCAGUAGUGACCUUCACAACCAUACCUUCAUGUUUCAUUGUAGGGGUUUUUCAUACAAGUAUUUAUAAUAUUGAAAUUUGGAAUUAGCGUUUACAUGAUUGUAUAUGAACUGCAAACGACCUGAUUUAUUGCAUUUUUGUACUAGGAAUUCCAAUAAUCAGAUUUGGGGAGGGAAAAAAAGAUUGUAUUGUCAACUAAAUUUCUAUCAGUUUUAACGUGUUUAAAGACACGACCAGCUUGUACAAAAGACUUUUUAAAAAAAAAAAAAAAUCAAAGGAAAAAAAAUUGUUCCUGUAAUCGCUGCUACCGUUUGCACUCCCAUGGGUCACGUUUCUUAGAUGUACCACAGUGGUGUUUAUUUCCAAAAUGUUGCACUCAAGGCAGAUUCCGACAGCACUUCAGGAGUCGAUCUGCUCGACCAGGCAGCUUCCGCCAACAUGCCCCGAGUCACCCCCCCCCCCCCCCCGGGGGCGUAUGAAAUAGCGAGGGAAGUACCCUGCCCCCAUGCUUUCGGCUCUCUGGAGAAUGGAGCCCCCGUCCCCCGUAGGUCUUGGGAAAGAUGUGUGGAGGAGACCGGUCGCUGAAGGGAGAUGUAAAAUAAAAAAAAAUGCAUUGUGCCUCAACGAUUCUGUUGGUCGCAUAGGUUGUGCAAUCGUCUGACAGCUGAGCAGCUCUUCGGAAUUUUUUUUUUUUUUUUUAGGAUUCUGUCCAGUUCAAUAUCUGCUGUGGGAGUUAAUACUGUUGUUUCUGGUCUCCUUGUGGGUUUACGGAAUUCUGUAGUAAUCAGUGACUCUGUAAUCGUCGGGAUCUGUCUGAUUUUCUAUCAAAUCAUACUAUCAGUGCCCUUCCAUUUGCAUGCUGCACUGCCUCCCAGAGAAUCAUCCUUCCUUCCUUGGUCUCAUUAAUAACCAGUUUAGCUCUAGAGGGCCACUUCCUCUUCCUUAACUCAGGCAGUUCUCUCACCUUUUGUUUUAGGUCUGUCCCAAGUGCUAGACCAUGGGUAUAUGUAUUUUUUUUCCCCUCCUGCCUACAGUGCCAUCUGUUGCAUACUGUUAUGAAGCCAAGAUGUAAGCUAAUCUGUUACUGUAACUUAGCUUUUUUUAUUUGUGUUUUUUUUUGUAGGCUUUAAGAAAAGAGCACAGCCUAGCUUGUCGAUUUCCAGUACCACUGUGUUCUGGUACAAUUGGCCAUGUCAAUGCGAAAGGUGGAAAUAAUUCCCAAGGUUUUUAAUUGGAAAUUGAUUGACAAGCACUUAAAGCUCGUAACGAGUGCAGCUACUACCUGAAAUCGACUAUUACAGCUUUUAAAUAUGUGCUGUUGUACAAACCAAUUUUAAUUUAAUAAAUUUUAACUUUCCAAAGGAAGAGACAGUGAAGCGAUAGGUCUGAGAUGUCCUCUUUACCCAAAGCCUGCUCUUAUCUAUUUAAAAUUUCCUUUUCACUCGUUUCUGUUGAACAAAGUGUCCAGUUGAUUAUAUUGAAUUGCUGAUACUAUUGUAGUUGAUUAAAACAGCCUUUUUUUGUUUUUGUUUUGUAAAGUGUGAAUAAACGUUGUAUCUCGUUUUUCUUUCUUUUGAAAUGAAUCUUGUUGUGUAUAUCAUGAUUAUCCUGUGGUUGAAUGAUUUCAUCUUUUUCUUUAACCCAUUGUUUUCCAUGAUGCACAGACCAAAUUCUUUUAUAAAAGUUUCAUAAAUGCAAUGAAUUAUGGAUUUAUGGUUUCUUAUCUGAGAAUCGAGAGUCCUUGUGUCCAUGUUACCAUUGAAGAUGCAUUCAGACACGAGUGAUUGCCACCACAUAGGAAAUGUCAUCUCCACCUGUAGUGUAUGUACAGAGCGGCUUCCUCACUGUCUUGGUAAAUGCUUUAGUGCAUGGGUCCCUUGUACAGUGAUGUGACGUGUUUUUAAAAGCACAGCUGGUGAUGGCUGCAUUGGAAUUUGGGUCUCCUGUCACUUCUGAGGUGUGUUGCUUUAAGUUUACAAUCCAACCCCUCCCCCCCUCCAAAAAAAAAUCCGAUCUUGUAGGUCUCUUAAGCUAAGGUUGUAGAGGCAAAGGGUGAGUCAGUCAGGGUGGACAUUUCGGUUUUGAUCAGCCGCUUACACAUACACAUCGACCAUCCUCCCCGCUGAACUCGGUGUUUUAUAUUUGUGGUACUUUCUUGCUCUGUAUUUGCACUCUGAUCAUCAGUGAGGCUGUUCUAAGGCUCCACUAUUUUGUUUGGGUAGCCCCGCCCCAUCCCACUUUUGCUCGUCGCUCAUUGGCCAGUUGCGUCCGUGUUACGUGCGUGUUCAGGUUUCUAGCUGCAGCUUAAAAGUAAUAGCGGGAAAAAUAUUCCGCCGUUUUAAUGUCAGUGGGGAAAACUAAUGGUAUUGGAUUAUUGUAAUCUUUAAGGGUCAUUGCAGUCCAGUAAUAUGAUGUCAAUUUUGGAAGAAGCUAAAGUUGCAAACGACGUUUUAUAGACCCUACUGUCUUACAGCAGUUUUCGCUGAACUCGUCUUCUGUCUCGUUUCCUCAUCCGCUUGGUUAUAACUUUCAUGUAGUAUUAGUUGUGCAGCAAAGAGGACUGUAGCUGGCCGUGUGCGUGUGUAUAAAUAUAUAUAAAUAUUUAUAUAUAUAUAUAAAUAUAUUGACUGUCAUAUGUGAAUGCACUGGACCAACUCUUGUUUACCAUUCAUUAAAUACCAGCAAAACACUUGCACAAUGUUUUACGAAUGUUAAUAUAGACAUAGGCAGCUGUUUUUAAAUCAUUACUAGGAACUAUUAAAAAUGCCUAAUGGUAAACAAGGAUUUUUCAAUUUUACUGUUGUCCUUAUGUCUUGGUUACCUUUUCGAUUAGUUUGUUUUUAACAGGGUCUGCUUGUUUCCUUUACACCUAUGUAUUUUUCCUACUUAUGGUUGAAAAUAAAUUCUAUAUCUGUUUCA